GUUUCUCCUGAUUUCAAAUUAUUUAGUCAACACAACAACUACAUUUUAAAGAUUCGUUUGUACUUGUUUUGGUCUCAGCAAAAAGAAAGAGACAAAUACCCUUUUUGUCUUUUCGGUUUUCAUGGACACGAACCUCAGGUUUCUAGGUAUGACUCAGUUAAGAGUUUAAUGAUAGUGAUGAAAGAUUAGAUUGAAUUUGAUGAUGAUCAAGAAGGAGAAGGGUGUGAAACCUGUUUUAGUGAAUAUUGGUUUGGCUUUUGGGUUUUCUGUAGCUGGAUUUCUAUGCUCACGCCUCAGAAUCAAUCAAGGUCAUGAAGUUAAUUUAGGACGAGACGUUGAUGCAACAUGCUCCGACGGAUUGAGUAGUGAGAAUUCUUCUAAUGCUCUUACGAAUAGCAGUAAACAAAAUGGUGAUAAAGAUGAGUUCCUCCUACCUGAAUUUGACGAACUCGUUAAGGAGGUAGAGUUUGAAGUAGAGGCGCGGAAGUUAAAAGUAGAAUCUUCUAUAACAUAUGAAGGUAUUGAUAAGGAUGAGUAUGAGCAAGAGAUACAUCGACUCAAGAACAUGGUUAGAAUGCUUCAAGACAAGGAACAAAAUCUUGAGGUUCAAUUACUUGAGUACUAUGGUCUUAAAGAGCAGGAAACGGUUGUGAUGGAGCUCGAAAAUAGAUUGAAGAUAACUAAUAUGCAGGUUGAGAUGUUCAAUCUCAAGGCUAAAAGCUUACAGUCUGAGAAUCGGAAAUUAAGGGAACAGGUUGCUGAUCAUGCAAAUGUGCUGGCUGAGCUUGACGCAGCAAAAGCAAAAAUCGAACUGCUCAAUAAGGAAAUUAGGCGUGAAGCUGACCAGAAUAAAGAGCGGAUCGUUAGUCUUCAGCAAAGAGUAGCCAAGUUGCAAGACCAAGAUUGCAAAGAUGCUGCUUGUGAUGAGGACAUCAAAAUUAAGCUGCAAAAGUUAGAGGCGCUUGAGUCUGAAGUAGAAGAGUUGAGGGAAUCUAAUUCAAGAUUGCAGAUAGAGAAUUCUGACUUAACUAGAAGAUUCGAUUCCACACAGAUCCUUGCUAAUGAUGCGAAUCAAGAAAGUGAGCGUCUUAGAAAAGAAAAUGAGGACUUGUUGAAGCAAAUUGAGCAAAUACAAUCUGAUCGACGUUCAGAUAUUGAAGAAUUAUUGUACGCGCGGUGGGUAAAUGCUCGUUUACGACAAGAGCUGCAGAAUCAUCAGCCUCUACACAAUAAAACGGUUGCAAAUGACUUAAGUAAAAGCUUAAACCCUACCUCUGAGAUUGAAGCCAAGAAACUAACACGUGAAUAUGCUGAUACUAAUGGACUAGGGAGUACUGUGGAUAUUGAUUUAAAUCACCGGUCCUCCUCACAAUCUUCUUCUAUUACUGACUCUGGAGAGUAUGAUCAUUUUUCUUCUGGAACUAACGCUAAAAGUCAGAACAAGUUUUUUGGCAAGCUUAGAAGACUGAUAUUAGGAAAGGAUAGACACCAUCGUCAUAGUCAGGUUUCAUCUGGAUAUCAAGAAAACAGCAAUGCUCAACGGCGGAGUACAUCAACCGACAUUGACGGUAGAAUUUCCUUUGAUAGGAGAUAUUCAAGUUUUGACGGAGAAGGUUCCUUCUCCGACUUUUUAGGCUUAGAGAAGUCUGAUUUGGAGAAAUAUGCAGAAGCGCUAGAAGAUUCUACUGCGAAUGAUAAACAUAAAAAACGAGGAAGAUCAACAUCAUUUAGUUAGUUUGUUUUAGCUGAUGGUCAAUAUGCAUGGAUUUAACCUUUUCUGACUUAUUUUGUAUUACCGAAGAAUGUGUUUUCUAUCAUAAGCUUAGAAAAUGAUUCUUGUCAA